AUUUAGUUUACAUUUUACUUGUUCAUUUGCGGGCUAUCGCUCAUUCCGCCCAGAUCGCCAGCCCCGCCCCCUGCCUACCGCCUACCGCCUCCCACCCGCAAUGGACGCCCGGAUGACGUGCAGCUGCCAGGAGAGCAGCCAGGAGAAGAGUCACCGCCUGCUGCAGUUCACCAACUGCCGGCUGGUUCGUGGCCACCGGCUCAUCCACGACGACUUGUGGGUGCGCGACGGGCGGAUUGUGAAUCCGGAGCCCGUCUUCUUUGACGAGCAGGCCAAGGCCCACUGCCGGAUGGACUGCGGAGGCGCAAUCAUCGCCCCCGGCUACAUCGACCUCCAGAUCAACGGUGGCUAUGGCGUGGACUUCUCCUACGACACCGACACCAUCGAGGAGGGUGUGACCACGGUGGCUCGCGGUCUGGUCAAAAACGGGGUCACCUCCUUCUGUCCCACGCUGGUGACCUCGCCCAGCGACAGCUACCAUACAAUACUGCCACGCAUUCCCGCACAGGUUCCAAAAGGUGCUGGAAUCCUGGGCAUCCAUGCGGAGGGUCCCUUCAUCAAUCCCCAGAAGAAGGGUGCCCAUCCGGAGAACUGCAUACAGACAAUUGAUAAGGGCCUUAGCACGCUGGAGGGCACGUACGGCUCGCUGGAUCGCAUCAAGAUCAUCACGCUGGCGCCGGAGAAGGUCACUGACCCGGAGGUGAUUGGCCAGCUGGUGGACCGGGGGAUCACCGUGGCACUGGGCCACUCGAUGGCCUCGCUGAGCGAUGGUGAGCGGGCCGUGCAGCAGGGUGCCACGCUGAUCACGCACCUGUUCAACGCCAUGCUGCCGUUCCACCAUCGCGAUCCCGGCCUGGUGGGCCUGCUCGCCUCGGAUGCAGUGCCGCACGGCCGGACCGUGUACUUCGGUCUCAUCUCGGACGGUGUGCACACGCAUCCGGCUGCAUUGAGGAUCGCCUACCGGACGCAUCCACGGGGCCUCAUCCUGGUCACGGACGCCAUCUCGGCCUUGGGCCUCGAAGAGGGUGUGCACCACAUCGGGCAGCUGCCGCUGCAGGUCAAGCAGGGCAAGGCAUUUAUCGCCGGCACGGAGACCCUGUGCGGCAGCAUCGCACCCAUGGACGAGUGUGUCCGGAUCUUCCAGAAGGCCACGGAAUGCUCCAUAGUUUAUGCCAUUGAAGCGGCCACUUUGCAUCCCGCCCAGUGCCUGAAGAUCGAAAGGCAAAAGGGGACACUGGACUUCGGUUCCGAUGCGGACUUCAUUCUCCUGGACGACCAACUCCGAGUGCUAUCCACCUGGAUAGCGGGGACAUGUGUACAUCGGACUGCCAAUUAGUGCAUCAAAUGUACAUUUUAUAAUUUACCUGAUGUCGGAUAUAUUUUAUACCCAAGAUUCUCCAAAUAAAUUGUUAAAUUUUGUA